AUGAAUGAUAAAUUGAAAGCGGUUCUGAGGGAAGCAUUUGGGGAUUCAUCCGAUAGCGAUUGCGAAUUAGGUGUAAGUUCAGUAUUUAAGCUUUUCAGUCAACCGAUUUUUGGGGAUAGCUAUACCUGGGAACCGAUUACUGAAAUCAGCGGCCUGUGGAUUUGUAGAGACUUUUUAUCUCCAGAUCAACAAUCCUCCUUGCUUUCUUCUAUCGAAAAAGAAGGAUGUUUUGCAGACGCCUCCCAUAACCAGGCAAUGAGGUUUGGAGAUCUUCCUUCUUGGUCUGUUGAACUUUCCUCCUAUGUCCGUGAAAGUGUACUGUCAAGUGAUCAUGUUUCUGAAUUCACAGACGAAGAAGAAACUAUCGAUAAGGGUAAAGAAGCUCGUCUCUUUCCACCCAAGUUAUUAUGGAGGGAACCGCUUUUCAAUCAACUUAUAGUAAACAUUUAUCAACCAGGUGAGGGAAUUGGUGCACAUGUUGAUCUUAUGCGCUUUGAAGAUGGAAUUGCAGUAAUCUCCCUGGAGUCAUCCUGCGUGAUGCAUUUUAGUCGGGUUGAAAGUGAAGUCGACUGUUUUGAAGAGACAGGCAAAGAACACAAGAUUCCUGUACUUCUGAUCCCAGGAUCCCUGGUCUUAAUGUGGGGAGAGGCACGUUAUAUGUGGAAACAUGAGAUAAAUCGAAAGCCUGGAUUUCAAAAUUGGCAAGGCCUAGAGAUUGACCAGAAAAGGAGGACCUCUGUAACUUUGAGGAAGCUGCGUCAAAUGUGA